CAUUAUCACACAAUUUUCGCAAUGGCAUCAUUUGUAUGGGAUUGUUUGCUCUGUUUUCUCCCAUCAGUACUACUUCUACUUCUGUCUUUGUCUUUGCGCUGGCCAAUGGUGCGUUUUUGGACGAGGCUGGCUGUCAGAGCGGCAGGCUGGAGACUCUGGGUCAUUAUUUGCUUGAUCCUGGAGCUGCCGCUAGACAGGAAUACAAGCACAUGGACAGAUGAGACCGGAUCACCAGGGACAGAUAUUUUGUCUGGGUCAGGUCAGGCCUCAGAUGGGCCCAGGCUUAUCUGCAAACCCACUGCGCUGGCCAAAUAUCUGCUCCGGCACUGUGGCUCUCUGGCCAGGCCAAGACUGGCAUCCUGGCCCAAGGGAGACCCCCAUCUCCAGACUCUGUCCAGCCUGCUGUAUGGACAGCAUGGAGACACAUUACAGUUCACUAGAGACAAUCUGUUACUGAGAGAUGGGGGUAUUGUGGCUCUGGACUGGGCUGUGGGGACGAAACUUGGUGAGGCGGUCGGAAGGAAGAGGUGGGAGGGGAGAAAGGAGCAUCAGUCAGGGGGAAAGACGCUAGGCUGCUUCACCACAGCGCCUCCUGUCCUUCUUCUCAUCCCCGAGUCCUGGGGAGGGAUGACACCCCACCUAAAGGUGCUGUGCCAUCAGGCUGUGCUUCAGGGCUUUUAUGUGGUGGUAUUUCACAGUCGAGGCACGGCGGGGUGCCCACUGACCACAGCGCGACUAACCGAGUUUGGAGACCCAGCUGAUCUUGAGCAGGCGGUGGCUUAUGUCCGCAGUCGGCAUCCAUCCUCUGUUAUGGUUGCAGUGAGUGAAGGUUCAGGCUCAGGGAUUCUUCUUUCCUAUUUGGGGGAGUGUGGAUCAGGUUCAUACCUGACAGCAGCUGCAGCCAUCUCACCUGUGCUCCAAGGACAGCUGUGGUUUGAAACAGCCAUGCCUCCUAUUUAUCGCUGGGGGGUGUUGUUUCACCGGAAACUGCAACUCAGUAGAUAUGCAAGUUCCUUCAGAGGAGUCCUGGAUGUGGAUCGGGCCCUCAGUUGUUCCUCCCUCAGAGACUUUGAGGAAACACUCUCAUGCUCUUCAUCCCAGCUUCAGCAAAGGACCCCCAGAUUUUCAAUAAGCUCUCUAAAUUCAGGAUCUCAUUUCCCACGGGGCCUGGCACCUUCAGUGGCCUGGGCACUGGGCGAGAGGGCUUACCCAGCCAAGGACUGGGACAACUACUGGGAGAGGAACGAACCACUGAGAGACGCAGAUGAGGUGGCCGUCCCUGUGCUCUGCAUCUGCAGCCGCGACGACCCUCUCCUCCCGCCUGCCUCCACUUUGCCGCUUCCCCUUUUCCAGAGCAAUCCUUAUUUCCUUCUAGUGUUGACAGACAAAGGAGGGCACUGUGGGUUCACUCUGGAGGAGCAAGAAGAGAUGGAGGGAGGAAGCACUGGAAAUGAGGAGGCGGAGGAAGGUAACUGGAGUCAUAUCGCAGUUCUGGAGUACUUCAGAGUAGUAGCUGAUUUCCUAAAAGGGGAUGAGAGGGACAGAGUUACCUCAGAUGCUUUACUAGAAAACAGUCAGGCUGGGCAGAGGAACAGGACCAGCAAUGUGGCUCCUCCCCGCAGGAGGAGAGCAAACGUGAUGCGGAGGCACAGACUGCAGGCAUCUGGGGAGAGCAGUGCGGAUGCAGAGGAAGGGGGCUUCACCUGGAAGAGGUCGUACACACGCUGAGGAGGAAGAGAAAGUGAAGGCUGAGAUCUGCAGAGAGACUUUGGACAACAUUUCCUCAUUAAUCUCUACUGACAUCUUAAGUUAUAAUAAUGACAGUUCCACAACCAACCUGGGAGGAGAAUCAGCAAAAUCAGAGCAGUAGACGAACAAAUCUUAAUUUUUCACUAAGCCAAAUUAGUAAAAGAGGACAGAAGACACAUGGCCUUUAGAUAGACAAAAAACAAACACAAAAAGUCUCAGAACAUAAAGAAGCAGCUUUAAGACAAAUACACAUCAAAGAGUAGCACUAAAUCAGUUCAAAUUUGUAUCAUACCACAGACAUUUAUGACAAAAAAAAGAAUUCAGAUAUUCAAACUAAAGUCAAAACGUUUUCAACAAAAACACCAUUGGACAAAGAAAUAUUAAAAUUACUUUAUUACAGAUGAUUCUUUAUCCAGUAGCCCUCUUCCAACAAAAAAUAGUAAUUACAAACAAAAUAUUACAUUUAUCCCCUAAACUUUGUUUCUCAAUUUCUUUUAUACAUUUUAAAUCACUUUGUCAUCUGUAAGGAAUAGCUUUUCUCUUCUGCUAUGCGACAUUCAGCUUUUUGCACAAUCUAUACAAUUUAAUACAGUUUAAUACAGGUCUCUGGACUACGGAGAACAAAACAGCAAGAUCCACCAAAUGACAGGAGAGAUAAAGGGAAUACUGAUAAACAGACUGUACAGAGACGUAACCCUGCCUCCCGCCUACUUUCAGCCAACGGCAGCCGCCCCUCAGAGGGGGAUCACAGUAGACUCUUUGAUCUGGUCAAUCACUUGUGCAAUCAGUGCAACUGAUCCAGUUCAGAGUGACCAAGGUCUAAAGCUAGACUCUGCCCCAACUGCCUCGCUAAACACCUGGGUGUCCUAGUAAACACAAGAAGAGGUCUAAAAAAAAUCUGCCACCCUCUGCAGACAUCAUCAGGAAAAUUUAACAACCCUUUCUGACAUAAAGGGAAAUAAAACACUACAGAAGAGGAGAAAGGGGUUGAUAAAAGAUGUUGGGUACAAUGGCAUACUGGCUGAAGAGAGAAGUGGGACCACCACAUUCUGUUUUUUUUUCUUCUGUUUUCAGAACUGAGCCAAGAAAAACAACAGGAUUAUAAACUCUGAGUGCAGGGUGGUGAGACUUAAAAAAGGCAAAUACUUAAGUGCAGUGUGAAAAUGUUUUGUGUGUAACCACAACAGAGGAGGGCGCGCGUUUCAUGAAUGAAAAUUAUAUCCAUGGAUCCCACAACACCUAACAGUAACCCUUUGUAAAUAUUAAACAUAUAUUUUCACUGUCUUGUGCAAGAAUUUCGGUUGUGGAGCACACAUCGUAUUCUUUAUGAAGCCAAAUGUUUUUCAGAUUCUAUCGAUCUUUGAAAGACAGUUCUUUCUGUUUCUGUCAUUAUAACCUUGACUUUAGGCUCGAGUCUUUUAAAAACGAUGAGAAAACCUAAAUGGACAAGUUGAGUCUUCUAUGUUGGGUAUAAUGUCAGUAAAAUAUAGCCAUUGCUAAGGCAAAGGCUACACCUAGCUAGAUUUCAAAUUAUGUGCAAAUCAUCUUCAUUCAGCAUUACACAAAAAUGUUGCCAUUUCCUUGAGGCAAUCUGACCUACGUAGAGCUGUGUUGUUAUCAUUCACAACAGAAUACCUGUAACAAGUUUCAUAAAUCGCAGCUGCAAGUAAGACAGUGAAAACCCAGCGGCUGUGAAUCAAACGUUCAUCUGAAUACCGACGGUCUAAAACCACAUCACUGUGUCUGCAUCACAAGUAGUUAAUUUGCCUUUGAUUUGUCAAUUAGAUUUCCAUAUUUUCAAAUUCAAAAUAUACAAUAUUAACAGGUUUCCUGUACAUUCCACCUCUGAAAAUCAUAUAAUGCAUAAUCUCUGCAUUUCUCCAUAAGACUUCCACCUUUAUCUCUACUUCUCUAUAAUCCUUUUUUAUAGAUUUAUAUAAUAAUACAUAUACAUUUGUUUUUUUCUUCUUCCUUUCUUAGACUUAAAGAGCUCUUCCCCGAUAGCUCAGGGAGGGGAUGAGACCACACCAGGCUCAGGAGGGGAGGAAACGAAGGUGGGGGAAUCAGGGAGAUGGAUGGUCACAACAUGACAUCGGGGUCACCGGGGGUGAGACAGAGCAGGGUGUCAGACUGGGGAAGGUUGCAGGGGCAUGGCAGCGGAGAUCACAGCAUCACCGCCCAU